AUGUCCGCACCCAGCGACCCAUGGCAAGACAGACGCGGCAUGUUCCAGCGCGGCAAAGAAGUCCACGCCCCAGCCAGCCCAACCGGCAAGAAGUUCCACGAGACUGGAUCAGUGAGCAAUGCCGUGAGAAGAGCUUCGACCAGCAGCAACGGCGGCUCACCGCUUGACAAGACGCCAUCUGGCGGCAGUGCUGGAGGGAGCUUCCCAACCUCGUCUGGGAGAAGAAGGUCGUCCGCCGCUUCCGGAAAGGGCGGCAUGUUCGGCAACCUGACGAACCAGAAGAGAGGGAGCGAGGACUAUGGCGAACGUCGUGCGAGCGUGACCGAGAUGCAGGGCGGAGGCGGCGGCGUCGUUGGCGGCUGGUUCAACAGCACGUUCAAGGGCGUCCAGAAGCCGGCUGGAGGUAAUGAUAUGAAGAAAGAGGAGAAGAGAGGUGUCAUGGAGUAG